UAGUGGACGUAUUUGAUGUGACACGAAAAGUAUCGUAAGCCAAAGAAUAAUUAUCAAGAAUCGCGUGCUGUUCAUCUUUAAAGGAGAAACAUGAGAUCUCGACUAGUCCUUGGCGCGUUUGCUUUACUCUUUGUCGGAGCUCAUGGAAAAACGGAAUGGUGGAAUUCUAUGUCAUUGUAUCAGAUUUAUCCAAGAAGUUUUAAAGACAGCAACGGCGAUGGAAUAGGUGACCUCAAGGGAAUACAAAGCAAAUUGCAACACUUGGUUGAAUCAAAGUUUGAUGCAUUCUGGUUAUCUCCAAUAUUUCCAAGUCCCAUGGUGGACUUUGGAUACGACAUCUCUGAUUUUGUGGGUAUCGAUUCGGUGUACGGCAGCAUGCAAGAUUUUGAGAAUCUGUUAGAAGAGGCGCACAACCGUUCACUCAAGGUGAUCCUCGACUUUGUACCGAAUCACAGCUCGGAUAAGCACGAAUGGUUUCAAAAAAGUAUUAAAAAAAUUGACCCUUACACCGACUAUUACAUUUGGCAUGAGGGCAACUUUGAGAAUGGAGAGAGAAAGCCGCCGAACAACUGGGUGAGCGUUUUCCAUGGACCUGCUUGGACGUGGAACGAAGAGAGGCAAGCAUAUUAUUUCCACCAGUUUGCUGCACAACAACCCGAUCUCAAUUACCGCAACGAAUACGUCGUCCAGGAAAUGAAGAACGUAUUGAGAUUUUGGCUAGACAAGGGCGUGGAUGGUUUCCGGAUGGAUGCGAUUCCGCACUUGAUGGAAGUGGAAGACCUACGAGACGAGCCGCUGAGCGGCUGGAGCAACGAUCCCAACAGCUACGACUACCUGAACCACAUCUACACGAACAGUCUGCACGAGACUUACGAGAUAGUGCGCCAGUGGCGUGAGGUAUUGGACGAGUACGAGGCAACGGGCAGACAGCGCGUCAUGAUGAUCGAGGCUUAUGUUAGCCUCGAGCUCACGAUGAAGUACUACAGGUACGGGGCUCACUUCCCCUUCAACUUUGGCCUCAUCACAUCCGCCGGCGCUGACUCGAGCGCCACCAAAUUCAAGGAGCUCAUCGAUAACUGGAUGAUCAAUAUGCCCCCAGCAGCUACGGCCAACUGGGUGGCGGGCAAUCACGACAAACCGCGGUUGGCGACGCGCUACGGCGUUGGAUUCGCGGCCGCGGUGACAGCAAUAGUACAGCUGCUUCCGGGAGUCGGGGUCACUUACUACGGCGACGAGAUAGGCAUGGAGGACACAUGGCUGUCAUGGGAGGAGACGCAGGAUCCCCAGGGCUGUAAUGCCGGCCAGCAGAGCUACGAGACGGCUUCGCGCGAUCCCGCAAGGACGCCUUUCCAGUGGGACGAUACCACUUCUGCCGGUUUUUCAACCAAUCCGAAGACCUGGCUUCGCAUCAACGACAACUACAGAAUCGUCAAUCUUGCUGCUCAAAAGGCAGCCGACAAGUCGUACUACAAGUCUUUCCUGAUGGUUUCAGAGUUGAGGAAGUGGCCGGCUGUAAAAGACGGUUCGCUCGAGACCAAGUUAUUAAAUGACAACGUAUUUGCCUUUUCGAGGGAGCUCGCAGGCGAGAGGUCGGUUUACGUUGUGAUAAACGUGGCGCAUCAGCCGCAAACCAUAAAUUUGGAAGCUUUCGAGAAUGUUCCGUCUAGCGUGCAACUGUACCAUUCUACUUCCGACGCCGGCACUACUUCAGUCGGGGUCGAGAUUUCUCCGAAAAGUCUGCUGAUCCCAGCUCGGGCUGCCUCUAUUUAUAUCAGCGGUGGCCAUUGUCGUCACUAGACGUCAAAAGGCCUCAAAGAACUGGCAAUCACAAUGGACUAAGCUGAUUCGCGCUGCACUGUGACUACGUUUUACUGGGAAUCAUCGUUUGCUUGGCAACGCUUGCUCUGCGCACACGCUGACGCUACUCGCCGCCUCUAUUCGCACUCGCAAUUAGGAUAUUUGCACGAGAUUCACUUUUGUUCAACGUCACAGCUGCUGUUGUAACACUGAAUUCGUUUAAAGUACAUGUUAACGCUGCUGCUCACACCAUUAUAAUAUAGACAAAUAAAACGUUAAUACGUAAUGCAAGUAAC